AUGCAUGCCGCACAACCCGGUGGUGAAAUUAUGGACGUGCAUACAUGCUGGAAUGAAACCACCGCACAUGAUGAGACGCACAUGGACACGGUGUUUUUCACAUUUAACUGCACGGUCUUGACCUUAUCAUUAGUCUUGGGUUUACCCGGGAACUUGUGGGUUUGUUGGGUUGUUUUCAGGACGAAGAGCCUGCAGACCUUCAAUAACGCGCUGCUGGUCAGCUUGGCCGCCAGUGACCUCCUGAAGUGCUCUGUGGACACCCCGCUGCUUCUCUUCUCUUUUCUGCGUUUCAGGAAGGACAGCCAGGUGUCGGUGUCUGUGUGCACCCUGCAGCAGUUCACUUACGCCCUGUGCAGCUGUGUCCAGCUGCUCACGCUGGUCAGCAUCAGUGUGGAGCGCUUCCAGGCCAUCGCGUUCCCUUUCCAAACUGAGAGGAGGAAAGCUAGGGUCCGUCUGUGGAUCCUGUCCAUCUGGGCAUGUGGCCUCAUUUUGGCUGUAAUCUCUCUGACCCUCUCCAAAAAGGCGCUUUUUUAUAUGCUCUGCCGUCCGCACCUCGGGGGGCAUGGAGAAGAGCGUCUUCAAUACUCGGAUCCUUUUGGACCCUACGUGCUGGUCCCGGUGUGGGGACUGUCUCUGACUGUGAUUGUUGUCCACUACGUGCGCAUAUUCAGAGUUGUAAGACAGCACCGGAAGAAAGUGUUCAGUCGGGGAGUCCAGCUGAGGCCGACGGUGUCUGAGCACGCCUGGGACUGUCUGAGUGUCCCCGCUUCAGCACCACGGACAGCCCCGCAUGGCUCCUUCAGCCCGCUGCCUCCCCGCCGGACGGUGCUCCUUGUGGCAGAAGCCAGCGCUCCCUAUGCAGGCUCUGCAGGAGGGGCCCCGAUGAGACCUCCAGAGAUUGUGGGAGCAGUCUGUCUCCUGACCCCAGGAGCCAGGGAGCGGGGGAAGAAACAGAUGGAGGGGAAGCUUGCCCAGCGUUUUGGUUACAUAAUUAUUGCCUUCACGCUUUCCUGGGUGCCCAUGGUGGUUAUUUUGCUGAUAAACGUCGUCUCCUGGCAAGACACGGACAAGCUGCUGAUGGAGCUGGAGACGUCGGCGAUGGUGCUGACCUGUGUGCAGGCUGCAGUGGAUCCCCUCAUCUACACUUUAGUCACCAGACAGUUCCGCUCUGAACUAAGCAAGCUCCUCUCCUCCAUCCCCGGGUGUCCCCUUAAACGGUAGAUCUGAAGGUUAAAUACUUUAUCCACAUCUGGGUCACAUGGACUGCACUUUGGGGAAUUGAAAAUACCACUGAAGCUAAAUGUGCACACGCUGCGACCUUGUGUUCAGUGUUUACACACACACACACACA